AUGCAGCUGAACGCUUUGCUAUACGCCGCUUUGCUCCCAUCGGUUGCCAUUGCGUGCAAACCGUGGAAGCGCAUCCCUGGCGAGGGAUGUUGCUUCAAAGAUGUUGGCACUUGUGUCUAUUGGCUGGGUAUAUAUGGAGGCUGCCAAAGCAACAACCCUCCUCCACUUUGCAGUGCCGAAGUGAAGGCCAAGUGCUCGGCAGAUUGUUGUCGUACAGAUGGCCAAAAGAACCAGAAUGGUGGAAUUUACGGCGACAAAUGCGGUUAG